UGAAAGGAUUUACAUUGUUUGAUAUCACAUGUUUCGGCUGGCAGUCGGAAGGACCGAUACUUUAUGAAUUUUUCGACAAAGGAUCUGACGAUAUAGAACACUAUCAAGGUAGAAUGACUGGAUAUUCAUAUUCAGGUAUUUAUUCGCAAUUCAGGUUGACUCGAGGCAGGGUCGUAAUAUAUUUACUCAAUGAGGACGGAGAUGGACCUUCUGUCACAAUCAAUGUUGAGCUGCGCAAGACCUUAUGUCCACUCUGGCUGAAAUACUGUAUAAAGACUUGAACAAUGAAUACUACAUUCGAAGAAUUAUAUCUUCAAUGGCCAUGAUUGAGUAUGAUUCAGCGGAGAGUAUGAAGCUUGGAAUUUCAACAAUACUCUCUGUUUUGGUCAACGGAACAUUGAAAGGGACAUAUUCAUUGGACGACGUACUAGAAAUGUACACUGGGAGGAUACUGUUGAAACUCGCCAAAGUUUAUCUGAAAUAUGCUGUAAAACCUGACCAUACACCUCGACUGCGGGCAAAACACGUUCACCAACUUUCCAGAAAUAUUAUGGAUUGUGUGGAUAUGGCCGUUAUUGCUCAAGAUAGAAACGUAACUAAACUUGCUCCCGAGGAAAACAUCAGCUAUGAUGUGUACGACAAUCUAAAUGUUGCCUCCAAUGACAUGGCCGAGGCACUGAUGAUUUCCAUGUAUUUGGUGGGUCGAGUUCAGCCUUAUGGAGCGGUGGGGCGGCAGAUAAGGUCGACAGAAGGAGUUUCUGAAAUGUAUUCCUACGUCAACAAUGCAGAUGGCUUGGUAGAUGUGGCUGGUUCAAAUAUCACCUCCUAUGUUAACAUCUCAAAAAGUCUGGCCAAUACAUUCGAUGAAAACCACGACUUAAUGCUUCAGUUUGCACCUAUCAAGAAAAAUCUCUUUUGGUGGGCGCAAAACAACAUCAACACCGAAAUCAUCAUGGUCGGGCUGGCAGAAAGGCUGUACAGACCUGGUUAUUACUAUGUCCCAAAAGUGGAAGCCCCUGUCCAAAUCUUCAUGAAGGUGAAGAAGAUGGAAAAGACUACAAUUAGAGGAGUGGCUACCCAACUUGACCCAACGCUAGAUAGUGACACACUGGACAAGAUAGUUCUAGUGCACCGCUUCAUACUGCCACCACUGAGCAAACUAUUUAUAACCUUCAAGUUUGACGGGAAUAGUUCAACUUCGUCUUUGAGGGUAUUGAUUAAUUUUAACGAGCGACCUAACUGGGAGGCCUUGUCUGGAGCUAAUGUUGUUUCACAACAAAACCCAGACGUGGUUAUUCCAUAUGACAUUGUUGAAAGAGAACACUUCUACUUCAUGGGAAUCCUUCCAGAUAAAAGUGUUCCAGUAAAUUCCACCGUUGACUAUUCUUUUGAUCUUCAUUUUGUGAAUUGCCAUAUCUGGGAAAAUCAGUGGAUUAAUCAUUAUUGUUUGGUUGGACCAAAAACAUCGGAAGAGACAGUUGAAUGUCAGUGCACUCACAUGUCGAUAUUUUCAAGUUCAAUUUUCGUUCCGCCAAACGACAUCAAUCCCAUUUUAGACGCACCUCUAUUCCUCACAGUUCCAGAAAAUCCUUAUGUGGUAAUUUUUGUGAUUGUUAUCCUUCUUUUGUUUCUGCUGCUACUCUUGUGGGCUUAUCGAAAAGAUCGGAAGGACGCACUUUGUAGCGAUGUCAUCGUACUCCAUGACAAUUUCCCUGGAGAGAGCUAUGCCUAUUUGAUCGCUGUAUUCACUGGGUCUCGUCUGACGGCAGGAACUUCUGCUGUUGUUGGCCUUCGUCUUUAUGGAGACACCUACGCCACUCGGCCAACAGUCCUGAAGUGUGAGACCAGGAGAGUUCUACAAAGAGACAAUGAUGACUGGUUUCUGUUGUGCUAUCCUGUGUCCUUGGGUAUCCUCAAUGCCGUGCAACUCUGGCAUGACAACUCUGGGAGGAACCCCGACUGGUACUGCUCAAAGGUUAUAGUGUACGACCUACAGGCCACGACCCAGUACCUGUUUGUGAUCGACCAGUGGCUGGCAUUAGAGGUAGACGAGUUUCCGGAAUCGAUGGUUCGACCGGCAACUACGGACGAGGUGUUGAGCGUCAAGCGGAUUUUUCUGGACAACUCUGUUCUCGGCUUUAGGGAAAAUCAUUUGCACCUGAGCAUCUUGGCUAGACAUCCGAGGAGCCCUGUAUCUAGAAAACAACGUUUGAUGGUCCUGAUGGUUUUGAUAAUGUCAGCCAUGUUGGCUAGCAUUAUGUUCUUCAAAGUUACGGAUAAAUUUGCUGAAAACGUUGAUGAGUACCACUACAGCUUUGGUCAAAGAGAGCUCAUGAUAAGUAUUCAAUCGUUUGUGAUCUCCACAGUCUUUGCCUUUAUUGCAAUGUUUCUUUUUAGGAAAGGAUAUAAGCAAAGAGACUAUCAAUACAAUAAACGUAGUACAUUGUAUAUGCCAAGGAAACGAUCGUCAAUAACGGACAAGUAUUGGUUUUCUGAUAAACCAGCGUUUGUGGACUUGUCUACUUUCAUAGCAUACGAUGAGAAGCCACCAAAACAACGCAAAGAUAUGACUAUGUAUGAAUCAUUCAUCGCAGCCAUCAGAAACUGUACUCAUCACAAGACUCUUCGCCCUGUUCAUUUAGCUACUGAAGGCUCGGAAAUAAAAGUGAACAAAGGAUGGUUGAUAGCGGCAUGGGUAUUUUCAAUUCUAGUGAUUAUUAUAUGUGCAUAUCUUGUUAUGCUAUACAGUCUUAAGUUUGGGAAAGUAAAAAGCUUAAAAUGGUUAAGCAGCCUGGUGGCAGCACAAGCUCAAGAUAUUUUCAUCUUUUCUCCGCUGAAAAUACUGAUACUUGCCUUAUUAUUAUCAGCUGCAUUUGAGAGAACAACUGACAUUUCUGCGUUCAAACUUGAUGUCAACAAGGCAGUUAAAUGUGACCUCGUUGGAGAUAAAAAAUACUUGGAUAAUUUAAUAGAGUACCGAACAAAGAGUAUAUACUACCCCAUGACAGAUGAAGUUAAAGCUGUAAGUAGAUGGUGUUUAAAAAAAAUUCAAUAA